AAACUAAUGUAUCACUUGUUAACGAACGGUGGAGAGACGCGCACGCACGUACGUACGCUUUGUGAUCAACAGAAGAAGAAAGACUUGAAGACUUUACAACGGUUUUAUUUUAUCCUUGCACAAGCCUCCCAUCUCGUUUCAUCUUCCCUUCGAUAAUUUAUACGACUCCUGACAAAAUAUUUAAACGUUCGUCAAAGCAAUGACCAAGUUAAAGUUUAAAUUACACGUAGUAAGCGACGAAGAUGAAAUAAAGAUCUACAAGGAAGUGCGCAAAAUCAACAUCGACGUCACGAGUGUUACGAAUCUCAAGAAUCUGCACGAGAAAGUGUCAGCUAUCUUCCCAAAGCUAUACGACGACUUCGACAUCUUCUGGGAAGAUGAAGAAGAUACGAUUAUUACCAUAGCCACCGAUGAAGAAUUAGAGAUCGCAUUGAAGGAGAUAGCUGCGAAGAAUGGCUGGAAUAAUGUCUACAAUCUAUUCAUUUUGUUGUCAAAGAGAACUAGUUGGCGUUUUAGACCUAGCAUCAAAAGCAUUGAGAACAAUUCCUGUGAGGACAUUCUCUCCUUCCAAGUUUGUCGAGCAAUGGGGAACAAGUUGAUGUUCAAGUUACACGUUGAUACAACAUAUCCAUGGAUCUGCAAUGAAGUACGUAAAGUCAACAUCGACGUCGACGUUGUAUUGAAUCUCGCAAAUCUGUACAAAAAACUACAAACUAUCUUUCCAAUACUGCAAGACAGAAACUUCAUUGUCACCUGGAAAGAUAAAGAAUGUGAAAAAUAUUCCGGAAUGUACAUUACCAUAGCCACCAGAGAGGAACUAGCACUUGCACUGGAAGAAAUGUAUUGGAUAGCUAAAGAAAAUAACAAGAAUUUCUACAAUCUGUACAUUUGGCUAUUGAAGUACGAUAAAGACCAAGAUUGAGUAAUCACUAAUCAAAAAAUAAAAAAUUAAGUAAAGUAUUAGAAAUUAAUAGCUUUUAA